CCGGAAGGUCCCUUGCAACCUGAACGUUCUCCUCACGUGACCCGAGUCCCUGAUAUGAUCUUUGCCGCGGUCGCUGGUUUUCUUCCUGUGCAUCUCUGAAGAGCUAAAACAGGCAGUAUGUUUGGAGCUGUGGUGGUCGGCGUUGGAACGGCUGGGUCAGUGAGGAUCAGGGACAUGUUGACUCCACCGUCUGGCAGUCCUGCAGAAAACCUGAUUUUGCGAGGGUUCAUAUCCAGGAGAAAUCUGGACCCUCAGCAGGGAGUGGAGCAGAUAUCAAUUGAAGAUGCAGUGAGGAGAGAUGAUAUUCAUGUGGCAUUCAUCUGCACAGAAAAUGCACUGCACGAAGACUAUGUCAGAAUUUUUCUUCAGGCAGGAAAACAUGUCUGUGUGGAGUAUCCCAUGACCCUGAACUACAAGGCUGCUGUGGAGCUCUGGGAUUUGGCCCAAGAAAAAGGGGUGAUUCUUCAUGUGGAGCACAUAGAGCUUAUGACAGAAGAAUACAAGCAACUUAGGAAAGAGGUUGAGGGAAAAAUCCUAAAGGAAGGUGUACUUCACUUUACUGGUGGAAGUCUGAAGCCUGGAUUUGGUUUACCAGCGUUCAGUGGCAUUGCCCGUCUCACCUGGUUGGUUGAUUUAUAUGGUGAGCUGUCAGUAACUGCAGCAUCCAUGGAGGAGGACUCUGGGAACAAUUACAGCAAGAUGACUGUGGGACUGCAAACUGCUGACAAAAGGCCACUGACAUGGAUUGAAGAACGUGGACCAGGCCUCUCCAGAGCUAAGAAGUUCAACUUCCGCUUUGACUCUUGUACUGUGACAGAGGUCCCUCCAGUGCCAAGAGGACAUGUAGGUCUCUUCAUGCAAGACCUGAUCCGCUUUUCUGCCAAGUUGGGGGGGCAAGUCAGCCCCGAGGAACUCCAGAAAGAAAAAAGCAGGAUUCUUCAUUGCUUACAAUUGGCUGACAAGAUACAGGAAUUAUGCUGCAGUUAAUAAUGAUAAUAUUAUGAUAACAUAAAAAAUGUGUGGUUUUGGUGAAAAUAUAAUUCUUGGAAGAGAUGUUAUUUAUUACCAGUGGAGUCUCCAGUUGCCAAACAGGGCUGUAACUACUAGCUUAUCUUUCAGCUGCUUUAAUAGGUGUAAAACUCACUUCCAUUAUGUGGGAACGCCUGAGUGGAUCAUCUGAUAGGCCACAUUCCACUUAGGAUGUCUUACUAUAAUGGGCUCAGGUUUGAUCAUUGCAUUAGAUUUUCUGCAUGUCAUCCCCCAUUUCCCUGCAUUCCUUGUCCGUCUCAAGAUAAGUGGAUGGACAUAAACGGAUGCAUAUAAAUAGUCAUUCACCACUGCCUCAUCGAUAUAUUAUCUAAUGCAGUGUCUAAGAAGAGCUGGGGGUUUUUUCUGUCAGCCUUAAUUUCACUUCUCUACACUUUAACACAGAAAUCUGCAUUUUGGAUUUCUUACACAUUCAAACCAGGCCUGUUACUUUAAAGUGAAUGCAGACUGUGCACAUUUAAGAAAGUAGACAUUUUGUAAACUUUCCCUUGAAUUUUCAUGGACAAAUAUAAUUUCCAUGCUUAUUCAUAGAAGUUUGAUUGGGCAUUGUAAAAAAAAAACAAAAAACAUUUAAAUGGCAGACUUUCACAUUCUUUGUCAAUUGUCAUUUUAAUGAAGCCCUCGCAAUCCCUUUCGUAGCAGAUUAUGACAUAGUUUUACAUUUAAGAAAAAUAAACUAUAAGGGGGAGAGUGGAUCACAGAAAAAAAAAAUCAUGCCCAUGUAAGUUCUUUGCAGACUGGAUGUAGGCUAUUGUUUUGAUGAAGUCUGAAGAUUAUUAUGUAUUUAUUUUAAUAUAAAAGGAUUUAAUUCUUCACAUUGUAUAUAUGAUGUGAGGUUCUGUUUACUUGGCGCACAGUCACUUGAAAUAUCCUGAAUCCUUUUGUAGUUUGCAUUGUGGAACUAUUUCUAUUCUUUAUUAUUAAGUUGAAUCAGUUUGAAUUUUUUGUAGCCUAUCUAUGCCUAUACUACUGCAAAAAAUGUGUGUAUCUUUGCCUUACAAUAAAAUUGACAAUUUUG